CAGGGCAAUCUGGACCGCUUCCGUGCCCUGGCGGGUGACGACCCGCAUGACGACCUCUUCGCCUCCUACCCGGGGCUGGGGGGGCUGGGUGACCCCCACCCACACCCCCACCCCGCCGCCGCCUCCUCCUCCCUCAUCAUCACCACCACCCCCUACCCCACCUACGGCGAGCUGGCAGCCGCCCAGCCGCCCUCGUACGAGGACUCCGUGAUGUACGAACAGGCACCGCUGGGGCUGACUGCUGCGGCUGGGGGUGGUAUGGGUGGGGGUGGGGACCCGCUGUCAGGGGCGGGUGGGGACGAGCACCACCACCACCUGCAGCAGCACCACCAGCACCAGCAGCACCAGGCUGCGGGCCCACUGGCAGAUGCGGCUGGCGGGCCCAACGGCGCUGCUGCGUACGAGCGGCACGUGGGGCCGCUGGGGGCACCACUGGGGGCGCCACUGGGGGCGCUGCUGCCACUGCCACACCAGCAGCAG